CAAGCUAUUGCUUGAAGCACGCGUAACUACUGAAUCUGAAAAUGGUCUAGCGAUUAUUGCACGGAAUCUCUCCUGCUACGCAGUCCCAUUUUGUCUCUUGGGAGGGUGGUGUAAGGACAAUAUCCAGGAGUCAUUACAGCCGGUGGAACGCUCCCACCACCCAAGAAACUGCUACAGCUAUUGCAAAUCGACGUUGACGAAGGGGCGGCGACGUUGAUCGCCUUCGGAGUAUUGGAGAUGAACUGGAAGGUCGCGACUUGCUGACAGUAGACCGGUAUGGAAGAUUAUUCAACACUGCUGACAACGUGGACAUUAACGGGACGGAACUUCCCCGAGUCUUCGGUCCUGGGAUAACUAUCGGAUUUAUACCUAAUUUAUGUUAAAAUAGUAACCGACGUUAACGAGCACUUUUAAACUAUGGACAUAGAAGCCGGCAUUAGACUAGAGAGCCUGACCCAGCCAGGGCUUGAACAGCAGAGCCCUGUUCCCACCACAAGCCCACCACUGGACCUGAUUGACACCGGGAAAGGCCUAAAAGUACAGACGGCCACGCCCCAUUUGGUCAGCCUGGGGAGUGGCCGUCUGAGUGUGGCCAUUACCCUGCUGCCCCUCAAUGAAGGGACAACCCGAAUCGGAAGAGAAGACGCACCCGUACCCCAGAACAUCACCAUAGACGGUCCCGGAAUUGAGGCGGAGCAUUGCCGAAUUGAGAACCAUGAGGGAGUCAUCACCCUGGACCCCUGUGGAAACCUGUGUGCUCUGGAUGGUGUUUCAGUCACCACACCCACCCUGCUAACCCAAGGGUACACACUCUGUCUGGGUAAAUCCCACUUCUUCCGCUUCAACCAUCCCGAGGAGGCCCGGCGAAUGAAGAGCAUGCUGCCGCAGAAGAGCCCCGUGUCCUCCAUGGGAUACGGAUCAGACAGCCUGAGGUUUGACUACCGCGAGAGGCCCGGUGUGACCAGCGCGCAGCCCGCGCGGGGCGGGCGGUCGGGGGUGGAGCUCCAGGAGUUGAUGGACACGCUGCAGCGCCGGAAGCUGGCGUUGGAGACCACCCUGCGGGCCAACGGCGGCUGCGGGCCCUCCUACCUCAGCAUGUCUCAGUCGCCCCCCGUCAGCCCCAACCCCCUGUGCUCCGCGCCCGGCCACCCGGAGCAGAGCUGGAGGCACUCCGGCGGGGACCGCCCGCCCGCGUCCCACAAGCUGUCCUCCUACCUGCCCCCCUCGCCCCGGCAGGGUGCCGCCGACGCCCGGCAGAGGGACCGGGACCGGGACCGCCCCCUCAGCCCCGCCCACGCGGCGUACGCGCGCUCCGGCUCGCGGCACUGGUCCCAGGACAGCCUGUUCCUGUCGGCGCUGGCCGACGGGCGGCGGCUCCCGGGCGGCGGCUCCCUGCUCUCCAUGUGGAGCGGCUCGGCCUCCGCGAGCGACGCUCUCCCGCCGGCGCCCCGGGGCCCGGCCAGCAUGCCCUCCAGCCCCCGGCUGGCCCGGAGGUACCUCUUCCAGGAGUCGGGGCGCGGGGGCCGCGACGGGGACGAGGCCCUGGACCCGGGGCCCCGGCAGAGGAAGUACUCGGCGGGGUCCCUCACCGGCAUGGGCGCCUACAGCCGCUCGCUCCCCCGCCUGUACCGCACGGCCGACGGCCAGCCCUUCUCCCUGCCCCCCCACCGCUCCCCGGCCGGCCACGGCGGGGAGGCGGCGUCCGCCCCCAAACCCCGGCGGAGCCUGCCCGCCCACGAGCGGCCGCCGGACGUCACGGUGCCCGCCAGCGUGCCCUCCAGCCCCCGGGCCGCGGCCAGGGCCGGCCUGCUCUGCUCGGGGCUGCACGCCGACCUGGAGCGCGGGGGCCUGCGUAGCCCCUCGCCCUGCCUGGACCUGGGCCUGGGCCUGGGCCUCGGGGAGAGGAGGCUGUCGUUCGGGAAGGCCGGCGUGGGGCCGGGCGGCCUCCGGGAGCGCCGCGGGAGCAUCAGCUCCCUGAGCGGGAAGGAGGAGCUGAGGGACUACCACCAGCACCAGCGGGACGAGAGGCUGCGCGAGCAGGAGGUGGAGAGGCUGGAGCGCCAGCGCCUGGAGACCAUCCUCAGCCUGUGCUCGGAGCUGGGCCGGUCCGAGCGGGAGCCGGCCGGGUCCACCGUGGCGGACCUGCAGAACAUCAACAAGGAGCUGGAGAAGCUCCAGGUGUCCGACGACGAGUCGGUGUUCUCGGAGGCCGCGGGCGCCGCCCCGGAGAACGGCUACGAGCCCAAGUGGCAGGUCCGGCAGCGGCGGCACAGCGGGCACCGAGAGGCCCGGGCGCCGUCGCCCUCCGUCAGCCUCAGGGCCGCCGCCCCGUCGCCCUCCCCGCGCCAUCUCAGGACACAGGUGCCUGAAGUAUCGGAUGAUGGGCAGUUGAAGCAGGAGGUUUCCCGCAUUGAGGAAGAAAGGAUCCAGGUGCUGAACAACAUGGAGGAGCUAGAACAAAAGAUCAAAGACCUGGACAACCAGAUGGAGGAGUCCAUCCGUGAGAUGGAGGUUGAGCGUGCGCUGCUGGAAGGAGAGCAGGACGCCGAGAUGGCCCAGUUGCAGCAGGAGAAGGAGGUCCUUGACCAGCUGAAGGAGAGGAUGACCGACAUGGAGAAGAAUGUGCAAGAGAAAAAGUCCCAGGAGAAAGCACAGCUGGAUGCUGAAAGGGAAAAGGUAGAGAGGCUGGCAGAGCAGGUCUCUGAGCAGAAGACCCAGCUGGACAACUGUCCCGAGGCCCUCAAGGAGCAGCUCCAGCAGCAACUGUCCAGGGACGCAGACACUCUGGAGGUGGAGAAGAAGCGGUUUGAGGAUCUGGAGUUCCAGCAGCUGGAGCAGGAGAGCCACCAGGACGAGGAGAAGGAGACGUCCAUGCAGCAGCUCCUCAAGGAGAUCGCCGAGUACCAGCGCAGCACGGUCACGCGAAAGGAGAGACUCAUGACCCUAAAGAAACAAUCCACCCAGAUCAGCCAGCAAGGCCAGCGGGAGAAGGACAGCUUCCUGAAGGAGAGGAGCAACCUGCUGAUGAUGCUGCAACGGGAGAAGGAGAGCCUGGAGUCUCUGGAAAAGAAGUACACAAACCUCACUGGGGGUCAAAGCUUCCCCAUCAACCCCAUCAGCAUGAAAGAGCACUUCCGAACGCUGGAGGAAAGGAGGAGGUCGGGGAAGGAGGAGGGGUCCCAGCUCAGUGACACGCUGCCUCGCAAGAAGAUCCAGCCUUCCGCCUCGCCCCAUUUCAGCAACGCCACCCUGGGUCGCAGCAUGAGCCCCAAGGUGCACAUACCCCUGUCCCAGAGCUCCAGCUGUGGAAGUGUACUGCCCCGUGCCCUCACUAUAUCCCCCAAGGACCUGGACCACCGUCACCUGCACAAGGGCUACACCCCGCUCUACCUGACUGAGGAGCUCAGGCAGAGGCAGAGACUGAGUGAGCUGAGCAGCCGGACUGUCUCCGAGUCCAACGUCUACCUGGAUUCGCUGCUCUGCCGGGAUAAUGGGCACGCCUUCGACACCCUGAGCAUGGACAGCUCCGACAGCAUGGAGACCAGCAUCUCCGCCUGCUCUCCGGACAAUGUCUCCAGUGCCAGCAUGUCCACCAUGGUCAAGAUGGAGGAGAUGGAGCGGCUGCUGAGGGAGGCCCAGGCCGAGAAGCACCGGCUCCUGGAGCAUCGGGAGCGCGAGAUGGAAGUGCGCAGGCAAGCCCUGGAGGAGGAGAGGAGGCGCCGGGAGGACUUGGAGAAACGUCUGCAGGAGGAGACCAGCAGGAGGCAGAAACUCAUCGAGAGAGAAGUCAAGCUCCGCGAGAAACAGAGAGCUCAGUCCCGCCCGCUGACGCGCUACCUCCCGGUCCGGAAGGACGACUUCGACCUCCGCGGUCACAUCGAGUCUGCCGGACACAACACGGACACCUGCUACCACGCGUCGCUGACCGAGAAGACCUGCCGCGGCUUCCUCGUCAAGAUGGGCGGCAAGAUCAAGACCUGGAAGAAGCGGUGGUUCGUCUUCGAUCGCAACCGCCGAACCCUGGCGUACUACGCAGACAAGCAUGAGGCCAAGAUGAAAGGAGUCAUCUAUUUUCAAGCCAUCGAGGAGGUGUACUACGACCACUUAAAGAACGCCCACAAGAGCCCCAACCCGUCCCUGACGUUCAGUGUGAAGACACACGACCGUGUUUAUUACAUGGUGGCCCCGUCUCCUGAAGCCAUGCGCAUCUGGAUGGAUGUGAUCGUGACAGGGGCCGAGGGAUAUACCCAUUUUCUCGUGUAAACCACUCUCCUGGGUCACCGUUUACACUAUGGACCGCCACUCACCUGGAAUUUCCGCAACAAUAUUCCCCGGAAGCAAAGGAUGACCAACUCAAUGCUGGGCUCAGCCUUUCUCAGCUUGUGACCUCCUUUUGAUACAUUUUUUUAAAUGUUAUUUUUAUUUUCUUAAAGUUAGACAUUAUAUUAUUCUGGUGCCUUAUCUAACUAUUUUUUUUUGUACUUCGAGGAUCCGUGCCAAAGCUGAUGGAGUGUUCUGGAACUUUCCGAGCAUUCUCAACUAAGAACAAAGAAUGGGCUGAGUGAUGAUGCGAUAUACCCUCAGCGAAUAGGAAUGGUGCCAGACAAUGAUGUCACUGCGUUUGGAGAUGGGAUCAUUACACAACCCUGGAUAUGUUUGGCCACACACGUUGGUUAAUUUUGCACAUCCGCAGUGAUGAUUAUUAAUGUUAUUAAUGUGCAAGUAGGGACAUGAGCAUCACCACUGUGUCAUGAACACGGCACCUGUCCUUUUGCUGGUGUGACUCAUCUCAUGUUUAAGAGGAAGUGGGCAGUGAGUCAUCAUUGGCGUCAAACUGUUAAAAUGAGUGCUUUAUCUUCCUGUUUACCUGUCAGUGUUGCCUGUGGGCUGCAUAUGUCGGUGUGUCUGUGGUGUCAGUGUGAUGUGGGGGUUGGUGUCCGUUUCAAAAGGGUUUGAGAGUGUUACCGCAGUACCUUUUCCAGUAAAUAGAUUCGGAGGACUGGACUUGAUGAAAAGCACGCCCGUUGCACACUGUUUGACAAUGCUUUGGGUCCCAACAGCUAUGUCUCUGCCUUGUUUCUCAAUAUAUCGCAUUGUUUGUAUUACUGAACAGAGCAGUAUUGCCAUUUUCUUCUAUGAAUACCUGUCUCGCACAUCUUUUCUGUAAUGUCACGCUGUUGUAUUUUUGUACUACAUAAUAGUUUUUUGGACAAUAGGAUCUUUAGUUAUUUUUAUACUCUAAUGAAUUUUAAUAGUAACUAUAGGCUCUUCCAGGGGCUUCUGGCAGGGGAAAUGAACUCCCUGCCAAGAGGGGGGGCCUGUGUGUGUGUGUGUGUGUGUGUGUGUGUGCGAGAGGUGUUUGUGUGUGUGUGCGUGCCUGUGUGUGCGAGAGGUGUUUGUGUGUGUGUGUGUGUGUGUGUGUGUGUGUGUGCGAGAGGUGUUUGUGUGCCUGCCUGUGUGUGCGAGAGGUGUUUGUGUGUGUGUGCGUGCCUGUGUGUGCGUGUGCGUGCAUGCGAGAGAGAGGUGUGUGUCUGAGAGAGAAAUUGAGGGAGGUGUGUUUCUGAGUUUGACUGCACGGGAAUAGUCUCCUGUACUUUUACCAUAUCUUGCGAUUCAGCAUAUUUUUAUAUAUCAACCAUAUAGUUUCUUAUACCUCUAUAAUAACCAGGUAAUGUUAUUUGUAAAUGUCAGUUUUAUAUAUUGACAUGAUCAAAUGGAAAAUAUUUUAAUGUUCUUAAAUCUCGCCUUAAAUGUCUGUAAAUGAUGUAUUGACAGUCCUCCCUGUUAACGCAGAGCAGAGUGAUUUCGAACAGAAAGCUGAGGAGAUGUUUGUGGAUUCUGACUGCGUUCAAUGGUACAUCUGGUGUAUAGAUUACAGUGACCUGCGGGAACUUGGGAUUGGUGUUUGUGUGCAAUCUCAAUGUCAUCUUAAUUCAGGAGUUAUACCACUGUCUUCAAAGUCAGGGGUGUAUGACUGAUCCUGGAGGGCCAGUAUGUAUGCAGUUUUUUGUUUACCAAAUUGGGCACGUAUACCAGCACUGGCUCACAUAUAGAUUAGACCACAGUGAAACAUUUUGUAUGAGGACACAGUAUUCAACUGUCAAUUCAGCAGCUUGCAAAUGUUUGUUUAAAUUGUCGGAUGGUGUAAAUGGCUGGGCGGUUUAUAAUCAUUUCAGGGCAGAAGUUGGGGGGCAGGUACUAUAUGGCCCACACUAUAUGACUGUUUGACCAUCACUGUCCAUUGCCCUGUGAUUCUGUUCAGUGUGAAUGUGCUCUGCUCACUUAACAGCCACCAGCAGAGCAUCCAGAUUGAUGAUGAUGAUGAUGGUGUGGAUGAUGAUGAUGAUGUGGAUAGUGGGGGUAGACGAUGAUAAUGAUGGUGGUGGUGAUGAUGAUGAUGAUGUGGAUAGUGGCAUGGAUGAUGAUGAUGAUGUGGAUAGUGGUGUGGAUGAUGAUGAUGAUGAUGAUGAUGUGGAUAGUGGCGUGGAUGAUGAUGAUGAUGAUGUGGAUAGUGGCGUGGAUGAUGAUGAUGAUGAUGUGGAUAGUGGUGUGGAUGAUGAUGUGGAUAGUGGUAUGGAUGAUGAUGAUGAUGAUGUGGAUAGUGGUGUGGAUGAUGAUGAUGAUGUGGAUAGUGGUGUGGAUGAUGAUGAUGUGGAUAGUGGUGUGGAUGAUGAUGAUGAUGUUGAUAGUGGUGUGGAUGAUGAUGAUGAUGUGGAUAGUGGUGUGGAUGAUGAUGAUGAUGUGGAUAGUGGUGUGGAUGAUGAUGAUGAUGUGGAUAGUGGUGUGGAUGAUGAUGAUGUGGAUAGUGGUAGGGAUGAUGAUGAUGUGGAUAGUGGUAUGGAUGAUGAUGUGGAUACUGCAGGGAUGAUGUGGAUGAUGAUGAUAAGGUCGUAUCGGGUAUGCUCACACUUAACCAGGCAGCACAGGGUGAAUCUCUCUGUGUGCUGGAGAGAGCAGAUUUCUCUCCUCUGCCUGAGCAGCAGUGUGCUGGAGAGAGCAGAUUUCUCUCACGCUCAUUUUCUGACUGCAGACAUCUCCUUCAUAUCAACAGUAUUGAAGAUGUUAUUUUACCAUUUGAAAACUUAUUUAAUUAUUAAUCGUAUUACUGUAUUUAUGCUCUGUGUAUCAUGCAUGUUAUUUUUUUAUAAUUCGAUACAGCAAACGCAGCACAGUAAAAUAAACUUCAGUGGGGUAAAAUCGACUCUGAUGGACCUUGAAGUCUAAAGUAAUACAUAUUGUCCCUGUUGGACUCUUUGCUUUUGCUGUGCAGGUGAAUGCUGUAUGCCUUACGGUGGGCUAGUCUCGUUUAUGUCCUCAAUACACCCACAUGAAGGCGCUAUGGUGUUGAAAUGUUUGUAAUAAAGCAAUACAUCAAUAAAUGUGGAA